GACAUCUUAACGAACGUUGGCGCGCGAAACAUCCAGAAAGACGUAGAAAUUGUCGAAUCCAAAAAUGGGGCCUUUGUCAUUUCACAGUAUAAAUACGAAAAUGGCUAAGCAAAAUGAUCAUAUUCAAAGAAAAAAAAGAUUUUCAGAGCAGUUAUUAUAAAGAGAGAAGCAAAGUUCUAGCAGUAAAAAUUGAAGUUGGGUUGGUGGAUCGAUUUGUGCUGGAAAUUGAGUCAUUUGGAUUUGUGGAACCGAUUGGACGGAACUUUUAUUCUUUCUUAAUUGUAAUACUGUAUACACUUUAAAGAGAAGCUUAAUUUGGACCUGCAUUUGAACCAAGCUACCAAAAUUUACUCCCUAGAUAUGUAUCCCAUGAACAGGUUCAUGUACUCACAUCCUUACCAAAGGAACCAAGGACCUUACAAUCCUUAUUAUUGUUCCCAUUUCGAACCGAAUCCUCAUCAUAUGAAUAUUGAUCCAACUAGAUCUACUUUACCUUAUGAAUCUUGGCCUUGUGCUGGUAAUUAUGGGCAUCCUUAUCCACCACAGUGUCGCAGUUGCUGUAUCCACAACAAUUCUCCGAGUCAGUGCGCGUUCAGACCCCCAUAUCCUUAUCAUCCACCACCUGCCUUCAGCAACUGUAGUUAUCCUACAUAUCCCAUGAUGUAUCCUGCUCAUUAUGCUCCUCCACAUUUUAAUAUGGAGCAGCCCCGAUAUGAAUAUGAAAAGAAUAUGGACAGAGAUCAUCACUGUUGUGGUUGUCCAAAUCAUCUAUCUAGUAGUAAGAAAGGAGGGAGCAGUGUCAAGAUAGAAGAACAUGACCAGGAUAACUUGGAUAAGAGAAAUGAAAGUAAUGAGUCCUUGGUUCCUUUGGGGUUCAAGAAUGGUUCUUAUCCGGUUGUGUGGUUACCACCUGAUGACAUGAAGAUUAGGGAGCGCAUGAAGCCUAAUGGAUCCAAUUGUAAAGAGCAGGAGGAGAAUCCGCAAGUUGUGAAGCCCUUUGGCGAUUUCGGGCCCUUCCAACAACCAAAUGUCUGGAAUGUAUGGCCUCCUCAUCAUGGGAACAACUCGGAAUCACCAAAGCAAAAAGGAGAUUUGCCGGGAAAACAACAUGAUGAUGAUGCGAUCAGGCAGCAGUUUCCAUUUCCAAUAAUCUGGAUGCCUUAUAAACCUGAGGAAGACGCAGAUAAGAUUAACAAGGAGACUGAUUCCGGGCCCAUUGCUAAGCAGGAGCUAACCUCCCCCUCAAAAUUAACCAAACCAAUGAUACAUGAUUCUGAGGACAGGAUAAGCAAUUCUAAAGAAAAUGAAGUGAAUAGCGGAAAUGACAUCCGUGGAAAGGGACUGAAUAAAGAGGCAGUUGUAAAAACCAUUCCUGUAAAGCAAGUGGAGCAGAAUGAGGUGGUCUUGAAUGGGAAAAAACAGGAAGCUUCCCAAAGGCAUGAUAGUGAUGCUAAAGAGAAGAAAAUCACUCAAGAUGGUGGUAAAAAGCAGUCUUCUUCUCCUACAAAGUCAUCCAAGUUGCCUCCUGUUUGUCUUAGGGUUGAUCCCCUGCCUAGGAAGAAAAGCAGUAAUGGCAGUUCUAGGUCUCCUAGUCCUCCUGGUGGCGAAGGGAAAUUGGUAGAGUCGCCCAGUGACAGCUCCAAAUCUCGCAUCUUAUCAAAUGAGGAGGAGAAUGUUCAACUAGACAAAUCAUCAACCACAAGCAUGCCUGGCAAAAGCGUAGAAGUGGAGCCAAGUAAAAGCAAAAUAAAGGUUGUUGAGGUUGCCCAAGGGACGACUAAAGAAGAUAAACUUCAGGAUCAAUGUACUGUUUUCCCUGAUCUGAAAUGCGAGACAAAUGAGCUAAAAGAUCAACCUGAUAAAGUAGCUGCAAAAGCUCAGUCAAGCAAUGAACGACAUCAGGCCAGAGAAGCAGCGAAUGGAGAGGCAGAUGCAGGCGACAAGAUGAAGCGAGAAAAGAAGAGAAAAAUGUCUGAUGAUAAGGCGGCUACCAUGAUUCAGUCGGCAUACCGAGGUUUCAACGUGAGGAGAUGGGAGCCUCUGACGAAAUUAAAGCAGAUAGCCAAAAUAGAGGAGCAGAUGGCUGGGCUUAAAAACCGAGUUCAGGCAUUGGAGAGCUCAGCUGACAAUGGAGUUGACAACAAACAGAGAACUAUAAUGACAGAAGUCAUAAUGGGUCUUCUGCUGAAGCUCGAUACUAUCCAGGGGUUGCAUCCAACUGUUAGGGAGUAUAGAAAAUCUGUAGCAAAGGAGCUUGUUAGCCUGCAGGAGAAGCUGGAUCUUCUAAACUGUAUGAAGCAACCGGCAGAAAGCGAACAGACUUUAACUGCUAAGUCUAGUGAGGAUACAUGCACGGCGAUGGAAGACAACAUUUCCUUGCAGCAAGGCCUGGAGGUGCAAAAUUUGAAACGGGAUGAUGAUUUAGCUAAGGGAAAUGAAGAAAUAAAGUUUGAUUCAAAGGGACCUUCUGAAGAGCAGCCUCUUUGUGUGACAGAGAAGCUAGCCAACUCUCAUGAUGAUGUAGGCAAUGCAGAGGUACUGAUGGGAAAGAAAGAAAAUAAGGAUGUUGGUGAGGUAAUGUUGGACUUUUCUGGUGGCAAUGCAGUGGAGACAGGAGAUGGGGCAUCAGAAACACCUUUUGAAGCGGAAGAAAAAGCAGAUGAUAAGGUACUUGAUGAGAAUGCAGCAGUAGUUGAGCAAUUGGAAGAGCAUGAUGAAUCCGAACAAUCUUUGCCAAAUACUAUUCCAUUUUCUGAAGAACUUUCAAAAAGUUCUGCUUCAGAGGUCACACAUUGUGGUUUCAAGAAUGAUGACGGUGUGGAUGAAUUGGAAGAACUCACUCGAGGAGUCCUUGAUGAAGAGACCAGUGUUCAAGACGCUGCUGAAAUCAGAAAAGAUGAAGUCCUUCAAUAUGACAAAGGAGACCUUACUGCACAUGUCCAUGAAGGAAAAGUCUCUGAUACAGAGAGUCUAGAGCACCACCCCUUGGAAGCAUUGGGUGAAAUACCAGUCAUUGAGAGGCUGGAGAAUACACACAGCAGCAACAAAAUAGAGGAAAAUACAGUUCUGGAAAGAGAUGCAGCAGUACUAAUCGACAUUCCCAAGCAAGACAGAGAAGAUGCAACGUCAUUAAAUGAAGAUGAGAACAUCUCUGAUGUGGAUGAUAAGGUUGCUAUGGAGAAGAAUGACAAGGAACUUGAACAAAGCGAUACUGCAUCAGAUGGUUUUUCCCAAUCACAGAAAGGCGCAAUCACCACAAAGCAGCCGACAGAUUCUACCAACAUGGAGCAAUUGGAAAUAAUUGCAGGUCUGCAAGAAAAAAUGCAAAAUGCAGUAGACAACGAUACUGAAAUCCUUGAUUCAGGGAAAACCAUGGAACAAACAGCAGAGCCUCAACUAUCCACUAUUACCAAUGAUGAAAUUCAAGAGUAUCACUUCCAGGAUAAGCAGAAAGUUGGGGAGGAAAAUAUGGAGGUGAAAAGUGAGGAAUUUUCAGCCCGUGAUGCUGUGGUUUCUGUACCUGAUAAUGAAGGCAAAGAGCAUAAUGUGGACGUUGAGCAGAGGCAUGAGGAGCAGAACCUUGAGACACAAGAGAAGGAACCAGUGGCUGCCGAUAAUGCUGCACCUGUGACCGAGGAACCAGUGGAAGGAAGUAAAGCAAUGGCUACUCCAACAUCGACAGAGCUGGCAGGAGAGAAAGAGCUUGGUGCAGGAGAGGACCACAGCACAUACCCAUUGACAGGUGAUGCCGUGGAAGGUAAGUCUGCUGAUGUUGCCCAUUCUUUUGGUUCCACGCCUACUGAAGUACAAAUUAUGGAUGCAAAUGAGCUUAAAGAAUGGAAGAAAGUAGGCAUGUCACCGUCAACACCUACUGCAAGCCAAGUAUCAUGUGAUAGUGAUGCACUAUCUGAGAGCGAUCGGAAACUUAUAGAGGAGAAUGAAAAAUUAAGGAAGAUGUUGGAGAAACUAAUCAAAUCAGGGAAUGAACAACUGAGUGCCAUAUCCAGUCUUUCUGGAAGAGUUAAGGACCUGGAGAAGAGAUUGUCCAGGAAGAAGAAGCUGGGAUUGAAACGAAACAGGAUGGCAGCAUCUGGAUCAGCUUGUGUAAAGCCAUUGAAUGACUCACUUAGAAACAGGGCUGUGGGGUUGGCAAUGUAAGAAAAAAAUCUUAGCGAUUUCUUUCGAUGGAAUAGUGGUUUGGUUUCAUGUGGUCUGUUUUAUCUGUGUUUCAUUGGAAGAUAUGUAUCUGAAAUUACAUUUAUAAUAAGUCUUUUUUCUUCUCCA